CGUAACCUGAAGUAAACAAACUCGGCACUUGGCUUGGCCGAAAGAGACCUUGGUACACUUGCUUGUGCUUGUAGAUGGAGAAAAGUCAUGGAGGAAUUGAGUCAUGAGACAGAGACAGAAUUCACAGAAGCCUGCUUUUCUAAUGGUCGCUACAUGAACCCAUGGAAAACCUGGAGGAACCCGCGUAUGGGCGGAUUAUUUAAAUUUAUUUUCAUGACCAAGGAUCACUCAGCAAUACCGAAAGCAUCAGUUCUGGAUGAAACCUUACCUGUCCUGAAACCAGAUUUUUCAGCGUAUGACAGUUCACCUGAGACAGGUGUCCGGCACAUGUGGGUGGGACAUGCCUCCUCUUUAGUACAGCUGGAUGGGGUAACAGUUUUGACCGACCCGAUUUUCAGUAAUCGCUGUUCUCCGGUGCAGUGGAUCGGCACUAAAAGAUACCGACCCCCUCCAUGCGCAAUCGAGGAGUUGCCCAAGGUGAAUUGUGUGGUCAUCAGUCACAACCAUUAUGAUCAUCUGGAUUAUAACAGCGUUGUUGCUCUCAACAAAAGAUUUGGUGAGAGCCUACGAUGGUACGUGCCCAUGGGUCUCAAAGAAUGGAUGAAUCAGAGUGGGUGUCAGAACGUGGUGGAACUAACGUGGUGGCAGGAGAAUAUCUACGAAGGUCCCAAAGGAAACAUUAAAUUUGUGUGCACACCUUGUCAGCACUGGUGCAAGCGGACGGCCACAGAUGACAAUAAGGUCCUGUGGUCCAGCUGGAGUGUCCUGGGACCCACACACAGGUUUUACUUUGCCGGGGACACUGGCUACUGUGAGGGCUUCAAACAGAUAGGAAAACGUUAUGGGCCUUUUGACUUAGCAACUAUUCCCAUCGGUGCAUAUUUUCCCAGAGACUUUCUGUCCCCCCAGCAUGUGGACCCAGCACAGGCCGUAGACAUCCACAAUGAUCUCAAGUCCAAGAAGUCGGUUGGAAUUCACUGGGGAACUUUCAAAUUAACGAAAGAGUUUUAUUUAGAGCCAAGAGAAAAACUGCAGGAGGAACUGAGCAAAAGAGGCAUGGACCCUUCAUCCUUUGUCACUGUUAAAGCUGGGGACAUUCAAGUUUUUUGAUGAAUGAGAUGCAUCCUCAUCCUUCCGACCUUCUGCUAUCUUUCUCUCUCUCCAGUCUGUGUGAGAGAUUCACGUUUUCUGAUGAAUACAAUGUUAUUCUUUCUAUUCUUUGUCUCAUUCUCUCAUUCUCUGUCUGUCUGCCUCACUCUCUUUCUCUCUUAGGUGUCAAAGUUUUGUGAUAAAUGAGACAGGAGCCUCUCUAUCCUGUUAUAAAAGCAGUCUAUCUCUAUGAUGUAAAUUGUUUCCCUUUGAGCACUAUUAUUAUCUGUUUAUGCUGAUUUUCAGUAAGUGUUAUGCAGCUUUUAUUUAUGCUUCUUUUUUUCUGUUUUUUGACUUGUUCAAAACUUUUCUGUAUUUAGAAUUAAUGUAUAUUUGUUUUUGGUGGCAUCCUUUAUUACAAAGCUUGCAUAUGAUAAUAGAAAGCAAUGGAGAUUUGGGUAUUUAGCUCAAUUUGUUUUUUUGCACUAUAGUUGACUCAGGUAUUUCCUAUAGUGUGGUCAAAAAUUUAUGGUACAAGUUAUUGUCAAAUAUCUCCUCAAUCGUUGAACAAAGACUCUUGAACUUUUGCCCAAUGACUUGUAUCAAUUUGUCUCAACAGAUUAAUAUUUUUGUAAAAAACUGUUCACUGUAUUUUAGAAAAUUCUUCAAUAAAUAUUAAUUUUAAAAAUCCUGGUAGGUGGUUUCUACAGAUUUAAAAAGGUUUUCAUCCCAUGAGCUGGGACAUUAGCACUGUUAAAAGCAAGUUUGUACUUUUUUUCCAAUCACGGCAUCAUGCUUAUUGAACUCAGGUUUUUAGAACCUUAAAGUGAAAAAAAAAAAAGUGUUCACUAUCCACUAUAUAAUUUUUUAUUUUUUUGGUGACAAUUAAUGGUGUGGAAUGAACCUUGAAGUUUUUUUUAUUCUAGUUUUUUUACCAUGGAUGAUUACAUUUUACUGGGGGUUUUUUAAAACCAAAACGAACUGACACGAGCACAUCACUACUGAACAGGAGUGGUUACACUGUUCUUUAUUUCUGUUACUCUUAUGUUUUGUACAGAUAUAUUGAGAGUUAUUUGUGAUAGUCUGAAGGUGCCUCCCUGUCGCAAUACCCAUCUAUGAUUUACCUCAUCAUCAUGCUACUCCCUGUUGUGCCAAGUAUGGGAACAUUGAUUCACCCGUUAAAGACAUAUUUGAGGAUAAGUUGUGCCAGGAAUUUUUGUCUGCUUUAUACGUACGUAUGUAUUUAUUUUGUUGUUCCAGUCAUUCCUUAUGUAUAAAUCUCGUAAUAUAACUCUUACAUCUGUCGAUAGGUUUGAUCUGUGUUGGAAUUGUGGUUGUUGUUAUCGAUCCAGAAUUGUGAUAAACAAUGCACAAUUUGUACCUGUUUCAGGCAGUGAAAGUUGGGUCACUGGUCCAUUUGACACAUUCAGGUGAACUCGUGGCCAGAGAUGAUGGAUCUAUUGACUUCCUGUAUAGGUUUAAGAUUCUUUACCUAAACCCCUCUCUGGAUUGUUUUCCCCAUGAAUGCUAUAUCUUAUAUCUUAUAACAUAUAUAUACAACAGUCUCUGCCUAAUAUCCCACUGCUUAUGUUCCCAGUUCACGUAAGUUCCCACUGUUUAAAGAAAACAGUAUUUUUACUACCCAAAAGUCACCCCUAAGAUCUUGCUCUGAAGGAUUACUUUUGGCUGAGAUCCCGCAUUUCAGAUAAUAAUAAUAAAUGAAUAAAAUUAAUUACACUU